AUGGACGCACCGAAUAGCAUUGAUGCUGAUGUUAUAACUUUUCCGACUGCGAACGAGGGGAAGCAAACACCUCCUCCUCAAUUGAAUACAGACGCGACAACUGUAAUCCAUUCCUCACCACUACCGGACAGAUCCAGGUCCAGACAAGGCAGUCGGGCUCGAAAACGUACAAACGAGGAGAUCUAUCAGCCACCUGAAAUUGCGAAGUCGAGUCCUACAAGUACAAGGCUCCAGAGAACUGCAACUCUCCCAACAAUGCCCGAGGCUGAAGCAUCCCAUGCUUGGACCAAGACUUUCGAGCAUCAAGGCCCGCCUCAAACCGGUGAGAACACCUCGUUUCAGCCAGCCGGUAGAGAGACUGUUGCAGUCCCUGCUCCGUUACCCCAACGCAAUGGUUUUGUCAAAGAGAUCUACGACUAUCAACAGCAACUAGAGCUCGAAUUCCGAGAGUUCGAGCGAGCGAUGAACGAGAGAGACAUCUCUGUAGACUUGGAUGCAAUCGAUUGGGACGAACUUGAAGCGCGGUAUAAUAGGGAGAUUCAGCCUUGCCUUGCAGCUGAGAGGGAGAUUAUGGAAGAGUUCAAUGCCCGCUCCGCGCAAUUCUCGCUCUAUAUGCAAGUAUCAAACGAACAUGAAUCUGAGAGGGCCAUCAAGAGACUUCGCACACGGAUCGCUCUUGCUCAAAAUUCGGAGAAGUUAUUAGCCGAGAAACAAGCCCACCACACAAACGUUCUUGAGGCUUUUCAGAGUGCUAUGGCGCUCUUAGGCAGUCUUUGA